CUCCCGAUGCCACGGAUCCUCUGAAGUUCUCCGUCGGCGAACCCACAUAAUGAACAUACGUACUCUGGCGCAUUGUCAAAAAGAGUAAAGGAACAGAGAGGACUGAUCGAACACGAUGUGUUUGAACAAACCAGCAAAUCAAGCAUCUCUUACUUUCUUCCUGCUUUUAGCAUUGGGAUCGAUAGGCAGGAAGGUAUCACGAUCUACGGAGCUGCUUGUUGCCUCUGCACAUAUAUAUACGGACAUGACUAGUCUACCAAUCCAUGUACAGCUCGGACGAACUACUGUCUACUACAAGCCCAAGAUCGGUCGACGACCAACCGAUAUGGAGAAUAACACCCAGCAGCUGCAGCCUCCUCCAGGCUACCCGACCGUGGAUACGCAGCAACAAGCAGCCGGCGGCAGCAAGAGGAAAUGCUGCUGCGGACCACGGCGCCGCAGGACCAAGCGUGGGGAGACCAGCUUCAUCGAAGGAUGCAUCGCCGCGCUCUGUUGCUGCUGGCUUUGCGAGCUGUGCUGCGACUGAAGGGCCGGCGCGCCCGCGGUUAGCCGGUUACAGAUAUAUGCAGAUUAUACGCACAGGCCGAUUAAUAUACGGAGGCUAGCUGCAGCUUAAUUCAGUCUUAAAAUAUUCCCUUAGAUGAUGUUGUAUAUGGUGCAUGUUAUCAAGGCACAGUAUCUUAUGUAUGUGCGGCCGCUUUCCAUAUUGAUGUUUAUGUUCAAGUU